AUGAGUCAAUAUGGUUCCCUUCAAUAACCUCUAAUAUAAGAAGAGGAAUCAAAAAACAUAAUUUUAGAUAAUCGUACAAUCACAGAAAUGAAUAUGGAAUAUAUUGUUAAUGAUAGUGCUUUUGAAUGGGGUUCUGCAUCAUUUUUAGAAGAUGAUAAUUAAGUAAAAGUAAUUCCAUUUGUUGCUAAUGAGACUAUAUUUUAUAGAAAGACAUUUGAGAAGAAUAGUAAGGAUCUUAACUUUUUU